AUGGCUUCCAAAUUAGCGUCGCCGAUGAAGGUUCAGGCAGGUCGGGUUCGGACCUUGAAGGAAGGUUCACGCGGUGAAGCGGGUUCGGGUCCCGUUGUGUACUGGAUGUUCAGAGAUCAACGGGGAGAGGCGGAGGAGACCGUGCCACAGUUUGUUAGAGAAUGUGGAGCUUCACUUUUGGUAACGGAUUUCUCACCAUUGCGGGAAGUUCGAAGGUGUAAAGAAGAGAUUUGCAAGAUGGUAAGCGAUUCGGUUACGGUGCAUGAAGUGGAUGCUCACAACGUUGUGCCACUUUGGGUUGCCUCUGAUAAAUUAGAGUACAGUGCUAAGACAAUCAGGACAAAGAUAAACAAAAGGCUUCCUGACUAUCUCAUUGAUUUCCCCGACGUUGAAGUUGAGCUACCAACUAGGAAGUGGGUCCUUCCCGAGAACCAUUCCGUUGAGUGGGAUGAUCUCAUCGCUGAUGUGUUAAGGAGAGGAGCUGAGGUUCCUGAAGUUGAUUGGUGUGAGCCGGGAGAAAUCGCGGCAAGGGAAGUAUUGAUGGGAAGUGAAAAUGGAUUCUUGACUAAAAGGUUGAAAGGUUAUUCCCUAGAUCGCAACAAUCCGUGCAACCCCAAUGCACUUUCUGGUUUAUCUCCCUAUUUGCAUUUUGGACAGAUAUCUGCUCAGCGUUGUGCUUUAGAAGCACGUAAGCGGCGAAAUUCACAUCCUCAAGCAAUCGAUGCUUUCUUGGAGGAGUUGAUUGUGAGGAGAGAGCUUGCUGAUAACUACUGCUUCUACGAGCCCCAUUAUGAUUCAAUAAAAGGAGCAUGGGGGUGGGCUCAGAACACCUUAAUCGUACAUGCCACUGAUAAGCGUGAAUAUGUUUACACGAGGGAGCAAUUGGAGAAGGCACAGACUGCUGAUCCUCUCUGGAAUGCGUCUCAGCUGGAGAUGGUUCACAACGGGAAAAUGCAUGGUUUUAUGCGAAUGUAUUGGGCAAAGAAGAUACUUGAGUGGACGCGAGGACCUGAAGAAGCCCUUGAGAUAUCUAUAUAUUUAAACGACAAGUAUGAAUUAGAUGGGAGAGAUCCAAAUGGUUAUGUUGGUUGCAUGUGGUCAAUAUGCGGGGUUCAUGAUCAGGGGUGGAAAGAGCGGCCCAUUUUUGGGAAAAUUCGAUACAUGAACUAUGCAGGCUGCAAAAGAAAAUUUGACGUCGAUAAAUACAUUGCAUAUGUCGAUAAAUUAGUUCGUGAUCUUAAAAAGAGAAAGGCUGGAAACAUGCUAUCUCAAAAGGAAAAAGUUCUUCGCAAUUGUGAUCCUAAAGAUUGA